GAUUUUGCCACGUGUUACUCGUUUUCACUGCCUAAUUUGUUAGGCUUUUUUUUUGUAGUCACUGGUCAAUGAUGUUGUCUUAAGCCACGUAAGGUUAGUCAGGACUCAACAAAAUACAAUCUUGUUGUCUUAAGCUACUUAAGGUAGCCAGGACUAAGUUAAAUAGAAAUCUUCUUUUAAAUUGCAAGUAAAGUCUCAUUCUAAUUGUGGUUGAGAAUAGACCAGGACUUCAAAAUUUUCUUUUAGAAAAAAAGCAUAAUGAAAUAAAAUUUCUUGAAUUUGUGCUUCAAAUUAAUGUUAACAAAAUACAUUAUCAAAUAAAAUAAUGAAUAUCAUAAAAAUACAAAUCUAUAAAAUUGGAACAUACUCAUUUUAAAUCUUGUCUCAUUUGGAUUUUAAACAUAUAGUUAGAAUGAGUUUAGUUGCAAGAAUUACCGUCACUCCCACGUCUCAUGUUUAAUAUAGAAAGCAAAUCUCAAGAUGAUAACAUUUUGAUGAUAAAAAUAGUAAACUAAGGUUUUCGGUAUAAUAUUAUAAUUAGUUUACACGUACACAUGAGUACAUAUCAUCUCUCAAGUUAAUUUAGAUUGCAAAAAGCUUGAAUCCACGCUAUUCAGUGUUACAAGUCCUUUAUCUACGGACAUCCCUCUCCUCUGGAAUGGCAAAUGGAGAAAACGAAAUGAAAAAAUGACUGAUGGCUCAAAUUAUAAGUCGCACACAAACAAAACAGAAAUAUUAUCUUUGUUUUCUUUCUCCUCAACGCUCUUUUCCUUGCGUGUGUGGGAUUUAUUCUGUUCAUCUUGUUACAAGCUGAUAUUCAUCAACCUAUCAACCUCAUUUGGAAAAAAAAAGUUUUGAAAGAAGAAGAAAAAGAAGAAAGAGAAAUUUCGUAAAUGGAGGAUGAUAUAUAUAGUAACCACUAAGCGUUUUCUUGAUCCUUCAUCAUCUUUAAGAUUGGUCUUUCUUUAAAAGAACAAUGCCUGUGCCAGAUCCACGAGCGGGGCAGGCAUUCAUCUGUCUCAUUACCUUAUUUCUUUUCUUGUCGAUUGCUGUCGGAGGAGGUUGUCUCAUUGCAUACACAGUCCUUCCUUACCCUUCAAUCUGGCUCGCUUACAUCGGCAUUUUCUUUGUUUGUCUUCCUUGGUUCUUUUGGAUCUUAACAUUUUCAUACCGCAUUGUUUCACGCACUUUUGGAUUCAGGAUGGUCAUUGGAUCUGGUGGUAACAAUAACAGUGCCAAUGGAGAGGCCAAGCCACGCGAACUUGACCCUCCCGAGCAAUCGUUAGAGUCUCCUAAAGAUGAACCUGAGGCAAUGGCUCGUCCGCAAGGCCAUAUUCUAAUGUCAAUGGAAGGGAACCAAUCCAAGAAACGAAUGUCAACAUCCAGCGUCGGUUCACAUGAAAGUGAGAUGCCACUAGCCAUUUCUAUGGGCUCAUGAUGAUCAUAUAUGCUUCCUUUGAUGAUAUAUAAUGAGAUCUUGACAUUGAUAGCAUCAGGACGGAGAUGCUAACCAGAUGCUUAGCCUCUUGAAAACAUGGAUAUAUAUUUGCUGUUUUUACUUUGUAUCUUAUACAGAUAGAUUUGUAGAUUCAACAAAAGAAAGUUUUACACCUUUUACUACUACCAAAGUUUUUCCCUCAAGCCCAAACCCCAACAAAGUUUUUUUUUUUUUUUUGGUAAAAAAACCCCAACAAAGUUGAGGUGGUUUUCCGGUUUAUGUUUAGAAAUCGAGAGAAAUGUUUGUUACAAAGGGGAACAGUCUGAGAUGUUUCACGUGGUGCAUGUAAUGCGGAUUUUAAUUUAUAGGAUAGAUAAACAUUUUAGAUUCAUAAAAUUUAUGUAAUUUUGUAUAUAUCUAUAACUAGUUAUGUAAUAUAGCUCUGCUGUGAAGCCUUUGAUUUUGGGGCUAAGACUUAGAGGUUCUUUAACUUGACAUACAAGCCAUGAUAUCAGAUUGUUAAGUACCAAAUGCUGGAAUCCGCAAAUGGGUCACUUUAUGUUCUGACAUGUUUGAACUAGUUAUAACACUAGAGGAUUUGGUAAAAUUACAAACAUUUUUGAUUUCCUGAUCACUCUUGAGCUUUCCUCGGGAAAAUUGUCACAGUUUGGUUCUUAAAACAAUACUGUUCGUGUGUUAUCCUUAUAUUACGUUAACUGAUUCUAACAUCAAAUCAUUUUUAUUAUCUAUCAAACGUGUAUAUCAUCAUAUCCAUCAUCCAUGCAAACAGUUUGCUGAACAUUGAACAACGCUAAAAACUAUGGCAUCAUACUGGCUCUACAUGUUUAAGAAUUUGCAGUCUAUUGUUUUUCACUACUUUUCAUAUUAUAACAGAAAGUAGAAGAAGAGAAUUUUUUUUCUUUUGACUAAACAACUAAGCGACAAGCCUUAGACAAACGAAGAAACAUUGCAAAGACAUGUCAUUUACAAUAACUCUAGUUUCUAGUGUGGUCAACAUAAUGGUGUUAAGCACGUGAAUAUCCAUCAUUUGACUCUUGCUUGCCAUACAUAAUCACACCAGGAAACAACGAUUUAUCUUUCAUUUCUGCAUAUACUUAAUAUAUGAGGAUUACCGUUGUAGCUUUAUAACAGUAGUUACUAAUGAUAAUAACAUACAUAUAUAUAAAAUAUAUAUAUAAUCUUCAUCAGUCAUUGUUAUCUAGUACUCUUCUUCAGAAAAGUAUGAUUGACUUCCUUUGUUUUCUUUCUAUCUGGAGUACUCCACAUGAGCAAUUAGGUGUACUGUGAGUAUAUUUAGAUGUUAUUCGGAUUCUUAGCUGAUAGAUUUGUAUCCAAGUAUCAUAUUUCAUUUGUAGACGCGUAUAAAAUCAUACAAUAACAAUUACAUAAACAAUAUUUCGGUAAGCAACGUGAGAUUCAAUAACUUUUGUUCAUAUGUAUGAAACGUUAAUCUUAUGAUUUCUGGAGAAAUUGAAGCCACGAACGGACCACGGACGACUAGACGAGUAAGAGACGUGUGCUAGGUUCAAUGAUUCUGAAUAAUUUGGCAGUACGUACAUGUGUAGCCAACACAAAAGAAAGAAAAAUACAUCUACACAAUAUUAAUAUUUGAAACUAAUAAAAGUCCAAGUGGACGUAAAGUGGGAGCAAGACAUCACACGGCAAGGGACACACAACUGAAAGAGAGACAAAGGUAUAUAGAAAGCUUAAGAUCAUAUGAUAUGUCCGAAUCAUCUCAUGUGCAAACUUCUUUUUUAAAACGGGUUUGUUGAUUUUUUUAUUAUUAUGAAAAUUGUGUUGGUAUUAAUGUUCUAAACAUCAUCAUACUCAUUACAGAGUUUAUAAUGUCGUCAUCGCUUACCAGACUCGACCAAAAUAGUGAAAUUUAUUGAUAAGAAAAUCAAGAUAUUGAGGCAAUUGUUUUUCUAACUGUUUUAUGGAUGAACGCUUAGAAAAAAAAACCUGUGUAGCGAUUUUGAGGGUAAUCAACAUACAUAACCCUUUAAGAGAAUAAACAAUGCAAUUAGCAAUUAAUUAGAAUCUUGAUGUGUCAAGUGAAAUAAUAUCCCAUACAAAAAUAUAUCUUAGCAAAAAAAGUGAAAUAUAUAACAUACAAUCCAUGUGGUUUCAGAUUCUUAAUAUGUUUGAUAUGAAAGACAUCUAUUGUAACUAUAUAAAUAGAUACAUAUAUGUAGAGAAAGUUAGUUGGGGGCUAACCAGUAGCCAUCGUAAGUGUUUGGUAAAUAUUAUUUUCUGAAGUAGAAGAAGAAACAAAAGAAAAAAAUAGAAGAGACCAAACACUUAUCAUGAUUCAUGAGUAACCAUCAUAGUUCUCAUUUCUCCAAGAAAAUUUAUUGUUUACUUUCAAUUUUUUUUCCUUGAAGAAGAGCUUUUCCUUGUAGCUCUUAUGAUUAUAGUUAAGGUUAGGUGUGAAAAAGUAACCGAAUGUAAAUCAAGCUUUCGGCGAAAAUGCUACUUGUAUGCAACAAAAAGUGUUACAAAAAAAAAAAAAA